AUGAGCAGCCCAAAGCGAAGAAUUGAGACAGAUGUCAUGAAGUUCGCCGAUUCUUUAGCAUCCUAUGAGUCGUUGAUGAGUGAUUAUGAGGUUACGCUUGUUAAUGAUAAUAGUGAUGUAUGUGAUAAUAACCUCUAUGUCCCAAACUUAGCUUCCGAUGCUGACGGCCGGCCACUUAACAGGCAGGAAUUUUAUGUCCGUUUCAAGGGCCCAGAAGAGACACCGUUUGCUGGAGGACUUUGGAAGGUUCAUGUCGAGCUACCUGAUCAGUAUCCCUAUAAGAGCCCGAGCAUUGGCUUUGUGAAUCGUAUAUAUCAUCCGAACAUUGACGAAUUAUCUGGUUCUGUCUGUCUCGAUGUGAUAAAUCAAACCUGGUCUCCAAUGUUUGACAUGAUCAAUAUAUUCGAAGUCUUCCUACCGCAACUUUUACGUUACCCAAAUCCGUCAGACCCUCUCAACGGAGAUGCCGCCGCCAUUUUGUUGCGAGACCCAAAUAAAUACGAUUUAAAAGUUAGAGAAUACGUUGCAAAAUAUGCAAGUAAAGAUUCCGCCGACGACGCUGGCGAAGACUCGGGCGAGGACGAUGAAAUGAGCUCGGUGGGCAGCUAUGAGUCUGGUGGCGAGGAACCAGCUGGGGAAAUGGAUGAUGUUUAA